UGGUACAAACCUAUGUCUGGAUAGCAUCUAAUGGCGUUCGCAUUAGGAGCUUUCACUUUUCCUUCUUCCAUUACUUGCAAAGCCACUUCAAUUUCAUCCUCGUCUCACGAUCUCGAUGCUGCGUACAUCAAACGCGCCGCCAAUCUAGCCGACAGCUCAGCGGGCUUCACUGCUCCACACCCAAACUUCGGAUGCGUGAUAACCAGCACCAAUAAAGGAAGGGAAAGGGUGGUGGUUCUAGGGGAGGGCUAUUUGUAUGGGGAGGGGACCAUGCCGGCGGAGCUGCAGGCAGUGGAAGCCGCCGGCGAGCUUUGCCGUGGUGCGACCGCUUAUCUCAACAUGGAACCCAGUGACUGCACCGCCGACCACACUUCCGUUUCUGCUAUCGUCCAGGCUGGAAUUACUAGAGUUGUAAUCGGGAUUAGGCAUCCUUUGCAACAUCUUAGGGGCAAUGCUGUCCGUGCACUCAGAAGUGAAGGACUGCUAGUUGAUGUUCUUGGUGAGGACUUGCAAAGUAAAACUUUUGAGGAAGCUCUGAAAUCCUGCCUAGUAGUCAAUGCUCCUUUGCUCUAUAGAGCUGCUUCUCGUGUUCCAUUCUCUGUUCUCAAAUAUGCAAUGACACUUGAUGGGAAAAUUGCUGCAAGUAGCGGACAUGCAUCAUGGAUAAGCAGCAAAAUGUCGAGAUCUCGAGUUUUUGAAUUGAGGGGCAGAAGUGAUGCUGUUAUUGUUGGAGGAAAUACUGUACGGAGAGAUAAUCCACAUCUAACCGCAAGACAUGGAGGUGGACAUUUGCCUCGACGGAUUGUAAUGUCAAAAACUCUUAAUCUUCCCGAGGUUGCAAACUUGUGGGAUGAUACCGAGGUGCCCACUAUGGUUGCCACACAGAGAGGUGCGAGAAGGAGUUUCCAGAAAUUCCUUGCAUCAAAGGGCGUCGAAGUAGUUGAAUUUGAUAUCCUAAAUCCCAAAGAUAUAAUGGAUUACUUUUACGAUCGUGGUUAUCUUUCAAUUUUGUGGGAGUGUGGAGGGACGCUGGCUGCUUCUGCAAUUUCAUCUGGUGUCAUACACAAGGUGCAUGCAUUCGUAGCUCCUAAAAUUAUUGGUGGGAAAAAUGCACCGUCACCUGUUGGCGAACUGGGGAUGGUGGAGAUGACACAAGCUUUGGAAUUAAUUGAUGUUCAAUACGAGCAGAUUGGUCCUGACAUGCUAGUAAGCGGAUUUCUCCAGCCUGUUCCCGACCUGACACCUAAUAUUCCAUCGAUGGAUGAAACUUCUGCAAUUGAUCCAAGUGUUUCUGCUUAUGAAUCAAACAUUAUAUUCUUCUUUAAAACAUGGGAUCCUCAUGGUGCCUUUUCAAACUUCUCUUUGCAUCCAAUUCAGAUGCCUGAUGAAAAUGGAGAUUAUUAUACCUGGCCAAGUGUGGAGCAUUAUUACCAGGCGAAUAAGUUUGUUGGCGUAAAUAAGCCUGUUGCCAAAAAGAUUUUGGUUGACAUAAAAAAUGCAAAAAGUCCUGAGGAAGCAGCACGACUGGGAAGGAAAAUACAAAGGAAGCGCCCAGAUCUGGUGAGAUCUGAUUGGGAAUCUUCCAAAAUUGAUGUUAUGUAUAGGGCAUUGAAAUGCAAAUUUUCAACAUACCCUAACUUGACAUCUAUGCUACUCUCGACUGCGGGAUCUGUUCUUGUAGAAGCUUCACCUCAUGAUCUGUUCUGGGGAGGUGGUCGAGAUGGAGAAGGCCUCAACUAUCUUGGUAGGCUGCUGAUGCAGUUGAGAUCAGAGUUUUUGGCUGAUUCUUUAUCAAAUAAAGAUGAUGCAACUUCCAGAGAAGAAAAUGAUGUUACAACAUCGACAUGAUGACCAUCAUAUAUGCUGUGCAUAUUUAUUGAUGUUCCAUAAGGGCAUUUUUGUAAGGAGUAUUCAAUAUUUUAACUUCUUUUCUUAUUUAAUAAAAUACCGUUCAGGUCCAAUUCACCAUACCAAAUGUUUCAAUAGAGAUCAGAAUUUUAUU